UCAAGCCCAAAGCGAAGAACAAUUUGUUGUUGUGUUCUGUAAAUGCAGGGCAAGCGGCGUAUGGUUCAACAUGUCGACAUACGAGACAUGAACUUGCAGCGCGGAACAUGCCAAAAUUGAAGUCAGGUUGUCACAACUGCUCACGUCGUCGCGUCAAGUGUGAUGGGACACGACCGCACUGCAACAAGUGUCGCGAUCGCGGUUUAGAUUGCGCCGGCUAUGGCAUCGAGGUCAGAUUCAUUUCCGGAGUUGCCACUCGCGGCAAGCACAAGGGUCAGACAGUACCGAGCGCCAAAGGAGCAAGGCGCACACCUCACCGUUCCGCGUCAACCCAAGCUCCAGCCUUAGUAUGGCCGGAUGGGUCGCUGACGAGGAGCGCAACCGAGGAAGAAGAUGAAAGUUGGCUCUCGUCCCAAUGCCCACGUGACGAACUCGAUAAUUCCUGGAGCAGUGCGAGCGACAUGAUUGCGGCUUCUCCCAAUACCCUAGAACAGUAUCUAGGAACGCUCUUCAGCACUUCUAGCGAAUCGGGGUUCGUGGAAGAGGUAGCGGAAUGUCCGGCGAGUUCCGACGAGACAGGACCGGAUUUUGACGAUGAUAUGCAGCUGCUAAGUCAUAGCCCAAGCCAUGCAUUCAGCAAUACAUGCAGUCCAUCGCAAGCACUGGUGAGCCUGGAUGCUCGGCCGCGAGAGCUGUUUGCUCAUUUCUCGGAGGCCAUUGCACCGGUUAUGGUCGUCUUCGAUGGGAAAUUCAAUGGAUAUCGUGACCUCAUCCUUCCUAUGGCCGUCGAAGACGACCUGGUCCGGCAAGCGGUCUCGGUCGUGUCGAUGUACCAUCUCGCCCGUCAACAUGGCGAAUCUCAGGAAUCCGCCGAUGCGAGGUUGCAAGCAAUCAUCCGCGAUCUUCGAAAGCGAACCGAUGCCUUCAAUCUCUCUGACAUCUCGGCCUGGGUGACCAUCCUCGUUCUUCUGACGGGCGAAACCGUCACGGGUGGUACCAACCUACCAUAUCUUUUUCGGCUUCUUCAACAUCUUAUGGACGCGAAUAGUGCCGCUGGCCAGGGGUCUGCCAUUCACUCUUUCCUGGAAGAGCAGAGCCUGAUGAUGACUCUCUUCGCGCAACCGCUCUUGGGAGAGGGAAUGGGCACAUCCACUCUGUCUGCGGUGGACAAGUAUCUCGGCUUCAUCUCCAACACUGCAGUUUUCUUCCCAACCCUCGUGCCACAGAUCAACACGUUGAAAACCGCCAUCCGUCUCGCAUGCAAGAUAUACCUCACACGUGCCACCAUCAGCCCGCCGCACGCGUCCACGGUAGAUGCGCUUGAAGAGCUUCGUCUACUAUGUUUGCAGAUCCCGUUGCAUCAACCGGGCCAUCACGCACUCGUUUGGGCGUACUUCAUUGCCGCAGCCGAGAGUUCAACGUACGAGCACCGAUGUUUCUUCACCCAGAGAUUGACACAGAUACAUUCUCAGACGAAGUUCCAUAAUAUCCCAGCUGCGCUUUCAACUCUACAGAUGUUGUGGAAAUGUCAUGGCGAGAGACGGUGGACAGAGGUUCUCGCCGCGAACAAGCCUGUGUUUAUUAUUUGAUAUGGCUGACAUGAGUCCUGCUAUACCUGCUAUAACCAAAAAUGAUGCGCUGUUCUGUUGAGCCCUCGUCAGAGUUGCCGGAAAUGGCACUCCAUGCUCCUUCUCCUUCCGGGAUAGCAUAGUCCCAUAGAUCUCCUUCGGUGACAACCUUCAUACUCCGUACUUACACAAUACGAUACUAG